AUGGAAACUGCGUUAAUAGAGAACAAUCAAUACAGAAGUAUAACAUUGUCUCAGAGUAGCAGUUCAUCCAGUACAUCACAUAUCAAUAAUAGUUUAUCAGAUCUUCAAUUAUUUCCUGAGAGUGAUAAUUCCACUUUAGAAUCAAACAUAGAUUUAUCAAGCGAGAUUGCUGAUGAACCAAACAUUCAGAUCAAGGAUAACCCUGAUGCCCUCCUGUAUGAAUUAAACAAAGUGUAUAAUGUUAUUUCACUGCAGUUCGGGCAAGCAACAGAAUUUGAUGAGCCAGUUAAAUAUAUCUUUGAAAUCGAGCUGGAUGCAGAGCUAAUGGAAAUUGCUUUAACCAUCCCACAAUUAGCUGAUGAUAGAAAAGUGAUUAGAGACAAGUUCUGUGAGAUUUCUAAAUUUCUCAUUUGGCUGAUCAAAUCAGCUUCUGGUUAUUAUUGGGAGAUACGCAACAUACAUUUAUGUAGAAGUCAUAAGCAGUUAACGCAUUCCGCCAACAUAUAUCUUGGAUGUACAAUGCGGGAUGAUCGAGCAUGGCAGUGA